UGAUUUCUGGAAUAAUGGAAUUUGCGCUGCUUGCUGUUUGUUCUGUACUCUUGAUGGUUAUGGGAGCUUGCGAAAUUGCAGUACGUGCUCCAUAAUCGCUAUUUUUGUAGUCGCUUCGACAGUGGGGUGGAAUGAAAUCUGAAAAAGAUGUUUUUCUAGUAAGUCCCGCCUCGCGAAGUAGCUUUCGUAAGAUUUAUGUGGAUGAGAGUGGAUAUGGCUACAACGGACUUCUAGAGAAAAUUCGAAGAGAAGACUUUUCGCGCUUUAAGGAUUCCACAUACAUGGACUAUACUGGUGCUGGCCAACACCGAGAUUCCCAAAUCAAAAAAACGUUUGACCUUAUUAAGAAUAUUCCGUUUGGAAAUACACACAGCAAUAGCCCUGCAAGUAAGAACUCUGAAAUCGAAGUGGAUAAAGCUCGUCAGGCCAUUCUUGAAUGGUUUCACACGACCAGCGACGACUACGAAGUAGUAUUCACCUCCGGAGCAACAGCUGGCCUGCAUCUCAUCGGAGAAACGUUCUCCUGGUCCAAGAAGUCCCACUUCUACUAUCUGCGCGAGAAUCACAACUCGGUCUUAGGCAUUCGCGAGAUCGCUCUGCACAACGGAGCCACUUUUCAUGUUGUGAGCAGCACUGACAUCGAGCAGGAAUGUCAAGCCUCCGAGUCCUCGCCAACGGACUCGGAUCCCGUGAACAAUCUCUUCGCGUUUCCUCUGGAAGAGAAUUUUUCUGGGAAAAUUUUCCCUUUGCAUUGGAUCACGCAGAUCCAAGGAAAGAACCGAUUCCACUGCCAGGGGAACUGGUACGUCCUCCUCGAUGCCGCUGCAUACGUUCCGACGCACGAUCUCAACUUGACAGAAUUCCCCGCUGAUUUCGUCGUGAUGUCCUUCUAUAAAAUGUUUGGCUUCCCCACGGGACUCGGAGCGCUUCUGGUUCGAAAACAGAGCGCUCAUGUGCUGAACAAGGUGUACUAUGGAGGAGGGAGCGUGUUGCAGACGGUCACAAAAUCGGGGGAUCAUCGUGUGCCAAGCUCGAUUUCCCGCCGGUUCGAAGACGGAACUCCAAAUUUCAUGGGGAUUUUGAGUAUUAUUCCCGGGUUCGAGGCGAUCAAAGAAGUCGGAGGAAUUAAUGCGGUGAACACGCACACAAUGAUUGUGACACGCUAUCUCGCGUCCAAACUGCGCGCACUGCGUCAUUCCAACGGAUCGCCUCUCCUUCGCAUCUACGGCAACCACGACACUCCCGCGGGACUGCAGGGCCCCAUCGUGACGGUGAACGUGCUGGACCCGAGCGGCUCGCUGGUUUCGUUCGCCGAGGUGGAAAAAGCGGCCGCGCAGCACCGAAUCCACCUGCGCGCUGGAUGGCACUGCAACCCCGGAGCGGCGUACGCGUCGCUGGGACUGUCGGAGGAGAUGGUGAUCAAGCAGAUUCGGGAGCAUCAGUGCUUCUCGAACGAGUGCGUGCAUCAGUCGGCGCUGACGGUGGUGAACGGAGUGAUGGCGGGCGGAGUGAGGAUCUCGCUGGGGUAUCUGACGACGUACGAGGACUGCGAUCGCGUGGUGGAGUUCUUCAAGGAGGAGUAUUUGAAGUGA